CCGGUGUGUUACUGUGUUUACGUUUCGGUGUUUACAGCGUGCAGCGUUUAAAAUGAAUUCCAAACGAGACUCUAAAAAACGAAAACUUCAAGCAUUGUUGGAGGACUUAUUAGAUAGUGCAAGUGAAUCGGAUGCUUCACAACAUCCUGAAUCUAUACAGAAUGAGGAGACCCCAGGGUUAGAUGAAGAAGACAAGGAAAUGAACAUUCCCAUCGCCCAUCUAGGAACAGGUGAAAAACCUGUUAAUCCUUUAAUUGCCCCCCUUGAAGGAAAAGGAUCAAACUUAAACAAUGGACCAGCAGUUCAUGAAGAUAUUCAACAGUUGCUAACGCUGUUUAUAGCUAAAGGUUUAGAUAAUGAUACACGCAAAGAGGCCAUUGAUUCGUUUCCGUUGCUGAAAGGCUGUACGGCAUUAAAUCCGCCCGAACUAAAUGCUGAAAUAAAAAUCUGUUUGAAUUCCGCUGUUCUUAGACAAGACGCAUUUUUGGUAAAAAUUCAAAACCAAUUAGCCGCCAUAAUCAGUGCUUUGGCGAUGCAGUUUAAUGAACUGUAUAAAGAUUCCAAGUCCAACCCCAGUCAGCCAACCGAGGAAGUUUUAAAAAAAGCUGGUGAUCCUCUAAAAUUAGUAGCGGACACAUUCCAUUCCAUCUCUUGUCAUCGGAGAUACCUAAUCGUUCCAUCUUUGGACUCAUCCAUAAAAGACAUCUUAGAGGCGUGUCCAGUUGAUUCUCUAUUGUUUGGAGUGGAAUUCCCAGAAAAAUGGAAGAUGUCUAAAGAGGCGAAGAGAUUGGGAGCUUCUCUUAAAAAGAAACCAAACAAGAUCUUAAGAACAGGACCAAGUUUUUCUACUCAAUCCAUGGCUGUUGCUGGGCCGUCAUCUUCAACUCCACGUUCCCGUACUUAUCAGGCUAGAAAUAAGAGUCCUUUUUUACCCUCGAGCCGCCCACCAGCCAGAUCUCGAUACAAGAAGGAACACGAAGAAGUGCGGAGGUAUCCACCACAAAAACGACGUUAAAUCAGAGAGCCACACCCCCUAUGGAAAAGUCUUAUCCUGGAGGCAGGAAUUUUGUCCGGAACUCUUUCCUCCAUAGAGGCUUUCCAGCAGUAGGUCUGGAUACAGUUAUGGAAUCUUUAGCUCCAAGCACUCUUCACCAAUAUAAUUCUUAUUAUCAAAAAUGGUGGUCUUUCUGUAUUAAGUCAAAAAAAACCCUUAUUCGUAUUCCUUGAACUUAUUAAUCUCAUUUUUAACUGAAGAAUAUAAAAAAGGUGCCUCAUAUGCUACACUAAACUCACAAUAUGCGUCCCUCUUAUUAUUAUUUAAUAUAGAUGCCAUAGAUAAAGCUCAUUUAAAGAGAUUUCUCAAAGGUGUUUCCAAGAAAAAUCCGCCAAAACCCAAAUAUCAAACCACAUGGGAUCCUACCUGUGUUUUAGGUUUUUUAUCAUCUUGGUACCCAUUAGAGGAAUUACCAAUUUCUCAAUUAACGCAAAAAAUGGUUACUUUACUAGCAUUAGUUACAGGCCACAGGAUACAAACUUUGUCAAAAAUUAAAAUUUCGAAUAUAAUAUAUUUUGAAGAUACAUUAGAAAUAAGGAUACCAGAUUCUAUAAAGACCUCAUCGUGUAAAAAUUUCCAACCUGCUUUGGUUAUACCAUAUUUUAGAGAGGAACCAAAGUUGUGUUUAGCUUCUGUUAUUGAUGUUUAUAUUAAAAAGACUAAAGAUACCAGACCUAACGAUACAGAUUACUUAGUUUUAACUUAUAAAAAGCCAAUAUAUCCGGCGAGUUCACAGCGUAUCAGUAACUGGAUAAAGCUUACUUUGAAAAGCAGUGGGAUUGAUAUGUCUCAAUUCUCCGCUUAUAGCACGCGUCAUGCGGCUACUUCGGCAGCAUAUCGAGCUGGCGUGUCAAUUGAACAAAUCAGAAAGACAGUUGGCUGGACAAAAAAUAGUUCCAUGUUCAAUAGGUUCUAUAAUCGCCCGUUAGGUCUGGACUCUACAGAAUUUGCAAAAGCAAUCUUGACUUUAAAAUAGGUUCAGAUUUGCCUUGUGUUUUGUUCCUAUAGAUUUAGAUUGGUUUGGUGUUUUGUUCCUAUGGUUGC